AUGUCGACCAACAUCUUCUCCAACUACCACCGAAGCCUCUUGGCCAAGGCUCAGACCGAGUCGACCCACUACGUCUCCAUGGGCGGCGCCUACGACCACAACGAAGGCCAUGAGCUCCCCUCCAAGGGUGCUGGUGUUCCCCGUUACCCUGGCCGUAGGUACGUCGACCAGAAGGACCGAAAGGCUUCCGUGAGCGUGCCCAAGAGGCCUCUCGAGCUGGUGGCUUCCAAGGAGGUCGCCUCCAAGGUUGGAUCGGACAAGAUCAGCGCCGUAUACGACGAGGUUGCCCUCCAGAUCCAGAACCAGAAAGCCGUAAAGCGAUCCGCCGAGGAGAAGGAGCGUGCCGAGGCGUACAGGGCUCUGCUGUUCAAGAAGAGUGGUGAGUCGAAGCCAGUGAGCGGUGCAAAGAAGCUCACCACGAUUCAGCCCAAGAAGACGAAGACUGCUAUGAUUACCCCCCUCAAGAAGGCGGUGCCCUCCUCCUCUUCCGUCCUGGCUACCAACUGGACCAACGACGAGCUGCUCAAGAUCCUCAAGGAUGCCGGUGUCCAGGAGCCCAUGACUCCUAUCACUGCCGCCUUUGUCAAGACUAUGGCCAAGCCCAAGCCUGCUCCUGCCGCUGCACCCGUUCAGGAGAUGCCCCUCUCUCCCAUUUCGGCUGCUCUGGCUGGCAAGACUUUCAAGUCGAAGGCAAAGCCCGCACCCGCCGCGGCACCCGUCAAGGCACCCGUCAAGGAGGCCAACUGGUCGCCCAUCUCUGCCGCCAUGCUCAAGAGCUGGCCCCAGCCCAAGCCUGCUACCGCUACCGCAAGUGCCGCACGACUGCAGAAAGCCGAGACUCCCGUCAAGAAGCAGAUUGCCAAGAACUCUGACUUCACGAUGGUCCUUCGAUCUGCCAGCCCCAAGAAGGUCGCACCCGAGGCACCCAUGACUCCUACGAGGAAUGUGACGAUCCGCAAGCGUGCUACCAAGUCGAUCAAGGUGAAGAUGCCCGCAUCCACUACUCCUCCUGCUACUCCCCCUCGCAGGUCGGCUAUCGCUGCCGUCGCUCCUCUUACGAUCAAGGCCGCCUUGGCACAGACCCCUGCACCCAAGACUCCCGGUGCCACACAGGCUGAGCUCGACGCUGCCCUGCAAGCCUUCGAGGUUAACCCUUACGACCUGCCCAAGCUCACCGACGAUGAGUACGAGCGAAGGAGGACCUUCCCCGACCAGGAAUUCCCCAUGUUCCGUGUCAUCCUUGCCACUCCUACCAAGGAGGAGCUCGAGGCACGUGCACGAGGCCCUGUCGACCCUGAUGAGUCCAUCGAUGACGAGGAUGCACCUCAGUCCAUCGACACCUACGACUACAGUAUUCUGGGUCCUCACUCUGCCAUUCUCAAGAGCUCGAUCAAGAAGCCUCGCACCAGCGCUCGCUUCCAGCGUCAAGAGCCCUCGAUGAGCACCUUGCUAGCCAUCGUUCCGGAGCACGAAGUCAAGGCCACCCUGGAGGAAUACGGGCUUACGGAAGAGGACCUUCUCCCCAAGACACCCGCCAAGGCUCAGCCUCUGACCGACAAGGCUUCGACCCCUGUGCUGGCUAGCGCUCGCACCAAAGCUCGCUUCACGAGUUCAAAGGACUUUGCGGCUCGCCGUAGCGCAAGGCUUCAGGGCAAGAACGAGAAGGCACCAGCAGAGGGCAAGGAGAACCUGCCGGACCGCACCUUCGACGGCACCGCUCCACGUCAAGACUAUGGUCAAACGGUGGCACCGACGAAUGUUUUGGGGAGCAACCUCCACCUUCGCAAGUCCUUGCCCUGGCACCGAUGGUUUCCUCCAGCCCUCAUGUGCGUCAGACUGGGCGGCGCCACUGGUUACUUUGGUCAUCUCUCAGCACCAUCAACCUUUAGGGGCAGCACCGAUGUGCCGCAAGAUGUGCAGAACUGCGACGGUGCUCGGGCACCCUCGGCACCAUCAAGCAAGGGUCUCAAGGUGAAGACAAGGAUCACGGCGACGCAAGCCUUCAAGACGGCAAGAUACUACGACACGGCACCGAACGGCACCGGACGGCACGGCACCGAGGAUUCGAGCAAGACACCCAAGGCAGCAAGGUUCACUCUGUUCUUCAACGUCAAGCUCGGCACCGUCGGGGGAUAG